UUUUCCUGAGCUCCCUCCCUCUGUUCUCAUCCCCCUGCAAUUAUAUUGAGAAAUCUUUCUGUAGGUGAGAAAAUACAUCCAGUUCUGCACCAUGUAUUCAAACGCUGCCUCUCCUUUAGUAUCUGGAAAGAAAGAGUUUGAUGUGAAGCAGAUCCUGAGGCUCCGCUGGAGGUGGUUCAGUCACCCCUCGCAAGGCUCCACAGGCACGGGGGGCUGCCAUCAGCAGGAAGGAUAUGAGCACAGAGGGACACCGGUGCAGAACAGGUUGAAGAACCACUCUCGGGACAGAAAUGGGCUGAAGAAGAACAGCAGCCCUGUCCACCACAACAUACUGGCCCCCGUGCCAGGUCCAACCCCGGUGCACCACCGAUCUAUUCAAGCCUGGCAUCAACAAAACCUCAUAGAACAGCUCCGAGCAAAUGAGGAUAUUCCCAAAACAGGCACAGAGGAAAACUGUGGUAAAGAAGAUUCAAGUAAAACCUCACAGGAGUUGCAGAUGAUCACAGAAGAAAAUACAGAUGAAUCUGCAGAGAGGCUGUCCACGACCAGCAGCUCCCUGGGAAUGCCCUCCAAUGGCUCCGAUGAGUAUUUCCAGUGCACGAACCACGCCGAGCAAACGUUCCGCAAGAUGGAGAGUUACCUGCAGCAGAAGCAGCUCUGCGACGUGCUGCUCAUCGCCGGCGACCAGAAGAUUCCAGCUCACAGGCUGGUUCUAAGUGCAGUGUCUGAUUACUUUGCUGCCAUGUUCACUAACGAUGUGAGAGAAGCAAAGCAGGAGGAGAUCAAGAUGGAGGGAGUGGAUCCCGAGGCACUGAAAGCUCUGGUGCGCUACGCCUACACUGGUAUCCUGGAGUUAAAAGAAGACACUAUAGAAAGUUUGCUGUCUGCAGCGUGCCUUCUCCAGCUCUCCCAGGUUAUUGAGGUGUGCUGCAACUUCCUCAUGAAGCAGCUCCAUCCUUCCAACUGCCUGGGGAUCCGCUCCUUUGGAGAUGCCCAGGGCUGCACGGAGCUCCUGAAGGUGGCACACACGUACACUAUGGAGCACUUCAUAGAAGUAAUAAAAAACCAGGAAUUUCUUUUGCUCCCAGCUAAUGAAAUUGCAAAGCUCUUGUCUAGUGAUGACAUCAACGUGCCAGAUGAAGAAGCCAUAUUCCAGGCACUGAUGAUGUGGGUGAGGCACGACUUGGAAAACAGGCAACGAGACCUGGGAAUGCUUCUUUCCUACAUUAGACUGCCCCUGCUUCCACCCCAGUUACUGGCCGAUCUAGAAAACAGUCCAAUGUUUGCAGACGACCUUGAGUGUCAGAAACUUCUCAUGGAGGCCAUGAAGUACCAUCUGCUGCCAGAAAGACGGUCCAUGAUGCAGAGUCCUCGCACCAAGCCUAGAAAAUCUACCGUGGGUGCACUCUAUGCUGUGGGAGGUAUGGAUGCCACUAAAGGUACCACUACAAUUGAGAAAUACGACCUCAGGACUAACAGCUGGAUACAAAUUGGCACCAUGAACGGCAGACGGCUGCAGUUCGGGGUGGCAGUGAUUGACAACAAGCUCUAUAUCGUGGGGGGCAGAGAUGGGCUGAAAACUUCCAACAUUGUGGAAUGUUUCAACCCUGUCACCAAAGCUUGGACUAUAAUGCCUCCCAUGUCCACACACAGGCAUGGCCUAGGAGUAGCAAUGCUUGAAGGACCGAUGUAUGCUGUUGGUGGGCACGAUGGGUGGAGUUACCUCAACACUGUGGAGCGAUGGGACCCCCAGGCACGGCAGUGGAAUUACGUGGCCAGCAUGUCGACCCCCAGGAGCACCGUGGGGGUUGCAGCAUUAAACAGCAAACUCUACGCUGUUGGAGGACGAGAUGGGAGCUCCUGCCUAAAGUCCAUGGAAUGUUUUGAUCCACAUACAAACAAGUGGAGUUUGUGUGCCCCCAUGUCCAAGAGAAGAGGUGGAGUCGGUGUUGCAACCUACAAUGGGUUCUUAUAUGCUGUGGGAGGUCACGAUGCACCUGCUUCCAACCACUGCUCCCGACUUUCCGACUGUGUAGAAAGGUAUGAUCCUAAAACAGAUGCUUGGACAACAGUGGCCCCCCUGAGUGUCCCUCGGGAUGCAGUUGGGAUCUGCCCUCUGGGGGACAGGUUAUACGCUGUGGGGGGCUACGAUGGCCACGCGUACCUGGACACUGUGGAGUCCUACGAUGCCCAGAACAACGAGUGGACAGAGGAAGUUCCUGUCAACAUUGGAAGGGCUGGAGCAUGCGUUGUUGUGGUGAAGUUGCCCUGAGGACUAUAAAUAUCCCAAAACUAAAGUGAGUGGAGUUUCAGAAGAAACAUUUCCAGAGAGCAGCACAGACUACACACAUCUCAGUAACCCUCUGUCACAGACAAUAACUGAGCCAUCUAUUAGAGCACAAAAGCGUCUUCCUGCAUCACAAAAAUUGGACAGUCCUGCAUAACUGAAUUAUUUUAUUAUGCCUAACACAAAAUCCAGUAACAUGUUUAAAUGGUUCCUGUUUGUUAAAAAAGUGUAUCUGUUAUUUAUAAAAUGCAGUAGUAAAGUGAGAAACAGGUGUAUCAGAUUUCAUAAUCUUUUUUCCUUUCUAUGUUAGCAGGAAUGAAAAUGUUUAUAAAAAGAGCUUUUAUAUUUUAAGCAAAUGAAAAUGACUAAGAAAUACAUUCAGCAGAGAACUGCACAGAAGGAAAUAUUUGCUCAUAAAUAUCACUGGCAACAGAAUAUUCUCUACAGAGCAGCUUAAUUUCAUAUUCAGAAAUAAAACCACUAAAUUAACUUUAAGAUCAAAUCAGAGAAGCAGAGAAUUGGUUGUAAUUUACCAUUCAGCUUUGGUAGUACUGUGUACAAAAUAUCCAUUUUUAGCAGUAUAUUGAAUUGAAUAAUGCAAGUUAAGAAAUAGUAGGGCUAAGGUACCUUCAUGCUAUUAAAUAUGUGCCAACAGAAAGAAAUCUCUUUUGUCAAAACACAAUGCUGAUAUAAUUUAAAAUUAUUUUCACAGUGCACAGAUAUGUGAUAUUUUAAUGCUGUUCUGGGUGUCAGGUUAUUCCUGGGUUUCUCUUUGCCCACAACCAUCUGUCAGUAUGUGCUGAACUAAUUUGACUAUUCUUGGGAUAAUAACCAUGCAUUAAACUUUAAAACAAUCACAUAAUUACAUUCCUUGAAUAUAACUUACAAAAUGAAAUUUUUAUAUCAUAUUGAUAUGACAAUCUUUGACCUCAGCUGAAGAUUACCAGCUUUCUCUCAUGUACAGUAGAAAUAUGGUAAGGAAAAAACCACAUCCACUGUGUGACAUUAUAUACCACUUAGAUAAACAUGUUUAUGUUUUAUCUGAAAUUAGGGGAAUGCUAAGAAUCAAGAUUAAACGGGAAAACACCACAUGAUAUUCCACAUGCAUGAUAUUUUCUUUUUGUGUGCCAAUUUCUAAGGAAGGUUUUGAUUUGUUUUGCAUUAAUUUCAUUUUUUAUAUAUAUAAUUUCAAAUGCUGAAAGUGUAUUUUAGAAAAAGAAUGUAUGUAAGAUAUUCUAUGCUGUAAAGCACAAUACUUGGUCAGUACCCACCUUAGUGUUUGUUAUGUUGUUCUUUUGUCAGAAAAUUCAGGACAGAGAUGAAAAAUCUUUGAAUGUGUAGAGUAACUUUCCUGAUGGAAUACUGUGUUAUCAGAAUUCAGCAAUAUGCUAUUUUAAAGACUUUAUAGUAUUAAGCCUAUUGAAUGCCUCUAAAGGUGAAAUGUCAUAAGCAUAUUUAUAAAAGGAAGAACAUUUUUAACUUUAAAAAUGAAUUAUGUUUAUAUAUAGCAUGCUACAUUCAAAUAAAAUUUACUUUCUCUGCUA